CAAACAUAUCCCGGAGCCCAGUAGCCUCAUUCACUGAGCCGGGACUGUGGGAAAUCUCCCAGGAGUUGGACGGCUGGCUCAUUUGGAGCCCUCAACCUUGAGCCAAGAGCAGUUGAGUUUGUCUGGAUGAGAAAUGCUGCUGGUGUUGUCGAUUAUGCUCCUGCUACCCUCUGGCUGUCCUGCACUGCCUUUCUACAAUGGCUUCUACUAUGGAAAUGUAAUGAGUGACAGAAGCUACAGAAAUGGCAAUGGAGAAGGCUUCUUCAAUGGAGUGAAAUUGGUGGUAGAGACACCCGAGGACCCCCUGUUCACUCACCGAGGUGCCAAUGUGACCCUGCCCUGCCGCUACCACUAUGAACCUGCACUGAUCUCCUCUCGUCCUGUUCGGAUCAAGUGGUGGAAACUUGGGGAGAAUGGGGCCCCUGAGAAGGAUGUGCUGGUGGCCAUUGGGCUGAGGCACCGAAGCUUUGGGGAGUUCCGCGGGCGUGUUCACCUUUUACAAGAGAAAGAGCAGGAUGUCUCCCUGGUGAUAUCUGACCUGCGCCUACAGGACUAUGGGCGCUAUCGAUGUGAGGUCAUUGAUGGGCUGGAAGAUGAGAGUGGUGUGGUGGAGCUGGAACUGAGAGGUGUGGUGUUUCCCUACCAGCCACCCCAUGGUCGCUAUCGGCUCAACUUCCACGAGGCACAGCUGGCCUGUGAGAAACAAGAUGCUGUGGUGGCCUCCUUUGAGCAGCUCUUCAGGGCCUGGGAAGAAGGACUGGACUGGUGCAAUGCAGGUUGGUUGCUGGAUGGGACUGUGCAGUAUCCCAUCACCCUGCCUCGGCAGCCAUGUGGGGGGCAUGGCCUCGCACCUGGGAUCCGCAGCUAUGGCGAGCGUCACAAGAGACUGCACCGUUAUGAUGUCUUCUGCUUCUCGUCAUCUGUGAAAGGGCGGGUAUAUUAUUUGGAGCACCCAGAGAAGAUGACGCUGGCUGAGGCAGAAGAGGCUUGUCAGGAAGAUGGGGCCAGCAUUGCCAAGGUGGGGCAGCUCUUUGCAGCUUGGAAGUUCUAUGGCCUGGACCGCUGUGAUGCAGGCUGGCUGGCUGAUGGCAGCGUCCGCUACCCUGUUACCCGACCCCGGCCUAACUGUGGAUCCCUUGAUCCUGGUGUGCGAAGCUUUGGCUUCCCUGACAAGGAGAGCCGAAAAUAUGGAGUCUAUUGUUACCUAUCGAGCUAGGGCUAAGGGGCAGGCCUCCUUUGGCCCCAGCCUUGCUUCCUUUCCUUUUUUUCCCCCUCCUUCCCCGAUCCCCUCCCUCCCCUCCCCCUGGGCUGGUGUAUUUAUUGCAAGUCUCAUUUACCCUGAGGGUUGAGGAGAUUUAGAUGAGUUUUUUACAUUUUUCAACAAUUUCUUUAAACAAUAAUAUUUUUUAUUACGUGUUUUUGAAAAGCAAAAGAGGAAACUGAAUUCUUCUAAGACAGGUCUUCUCACAUGUCUUUCUUACCUCUGGGCUCCAUCUCUCCUCUAGGGCAUUCAGUAGGAGCACAGAAUCUUAAAGUUAGAAGGAACCUCAGAGAUCAUCUAGUCUAAUUCUGUCGUUUUGUGGUGAGGAAACUAAGUCCCAGAGGAAGGGAAGUGCCUUGUCUAAGGUCACACAGCAAGUCGGUGGCAGAGCUGGAAUUAGAACCCAGAUCUUUAGACUCCUAGUCCACAGUUCUUUAAAAGUACCCUGGGUUCUCCCUUUUCUCUCUGUUGAUGGAAGUGGGGGCUAUUCCUUAUGUGGGAGGAAAGAAGUGAUUCAGUGGGAUCCUGAUCCAUUGUAUGUUGCCAUACAAUGAGACAGUGGAUUCCAAAAUCAAGAAUUUGGACAGCUCUUGCUAACUUGGCCUCCUGCCUCUUAUACUUACUUUCCUCCUCUCUUCCCAUUUCACUGGGGACCUUUUUUGUCCAGGUGAGUCCAAAUCAGUACAUCCGGGAAGUCAGUGCUCCAGACAACUUCCCAAGCUCCACAUCCAUGCCUGGUCCAAGGAUUUUUGUGUCUCACUCCCAUUUUUCUACUUCCUUUCUGGGGAACUGUCACUAGGUAUAUGUUUUCCAAGAGCAAUAAAU